AUGGGCGAAGACGAGUCUGUUGUGCCCCAGCUGGGGUCAGUGGCCCUCAAUGGCUCAUCCCCCAAGAAAGUUGCAUAUUUCUACGACUCUGAUAUCGGCAACUACGCAUACGUUACCGGUCAUCCUAUGAAGCCUCAUCGUAUUCGUCUGGCUCACAGUCUGAUCAUGCAAUACGACUUGUACCAGAAGAUGGAGAUUUACCGUGCCAAACCUGCGACGAGAGGCGAAAUGACACAAUUUCAUACCGAUGAUUACAUCGAUUUCCUUCAAAAGGUCACUCCUGAUAAUAUGGACAGCUACAUGCGUGAACAAGGCAAAUACAACGUCGGUGACGACUGUCCUGUUUUUGAUGGUCUUUUCGAAUUUUGUGGUAUCAGUGCAGGUGGCAGCAUGGAAGGAGCUGCCAGACUCAACCGUCAAAAGUGUGACAUUGCCGUCAAUUGGGCCGGCGGCCUUCAUCACGCCAAGAAGUGUGAAGCCAGUGGCUUCUGCUACGUCAACGAUAUCGUCCUCGGAAUCCUCGAACUGCUUCGAUUCAUGAAACGCGUUCUUUAUAUUGAUAUCGAUGUUCACCAUGGCGAUGGUGUUGAGGAGGCGUUCUACACAACCGACCGAGUCAUGACAGUCUCUUUCCACAAGUACGGAGAGUACUUCCCUGGAACUGGUGAACUUCGCGACAUUGGUAUCGGCCAAGGAAAACACUAUUCCGUCAACUACCCGCUUCGAGACGGUAUCACUGACGAAUCCUACAAAUCUAUCUUUGAACCCGUCAUCGAGAAUGUCAUGAAAUAUUACCAGCCCGAGGCUGUAGUCUUACAAUGCGGUGGCGAUAGUCUCUCGGGUGAUAGACUCGGUUGUUUCAACCUAAGCAUGGAUGGCCACGCCAACUGUGUGAGUUACGUGAAAAGCUUCGGUCUGCCUACUCUCGUCCUCGGCGGCGGUGGUUACACCAUGCGGAAUGUCGCCAGAACCUGGGCUUUUGAGACGGGUGUUCUCGUUGGGAAAGAAAUGCACCGCAAGCUACCCUUCAAUGAAUACUACCAAUACUACGCCCCUGACUUCGAGCUCAACGUCAGAUCAUCCAACAUGGAAAACUCCAAUAGUCGCGAAUACUUGGAAAAGAUCACUGCUGCUGUCAUCGACAAUCUCCGGAAUACGGGCCCGGCGCCGUCGGUUCAAAUGCAAGAUGUUCCAAGAAGGCCAUUCGGUGGCAUGACUGACGAAGAGGAAGCCGAGCUGGAUGAUCUUGACGAAGAUGAAAACAAGGACGUCCGCAUGACAGAGCACCGCUGGGAUAAGCACGUUGAGAAUGGUGCCGAGUUCGAAGCGAGCGAUGAUGACGAGCUAGCACGAGCAAACGGUGCCACUCGUGCAUCAAGCAGCAAACGCACCUUUACCGACUUCAGAAAGGAUAGCGAUGAGGAAGACACCGAGCGUCCCGCCAAGUCCUCUAAUGAUAAGACUGUGGAUAACAACGCUGAGGAUGGCCACGAUGUAAACGAUGAUACUAUUGAAGACAUUGGCGCUGCGGAGGCAGAUAAUGGACCCUCCGAAGAGGCUGCUGAGGAGCAAGCCGACAAGGAAAAGACCGACGGCGACGGUGACGUCGGUAUGACCGACUCUGCUCCCGCUGAGCCAGAGGCCAAGAUUAAAGAGGAGGAGCCGGAAACAGAGGACACGACAGUCCCUGUUACAGCUGCCAGUGCUUCAGGAGACGCCGAGAAGGCCGUUGAGGAUACAAUUGCCGAGAAUGACAAGACUGAUGCGCCUAAGGACGCGGAGAAGUCAGCCGGCGAGGAACAGAGCAAAUCCGAGAAGGCUGAGAACAAGGCUAAGGAGGAGGAGCCGGCUGAUGCGAUGGAGCUUGAUGGGGACAAAGAGAAGGCAGCUGAAUCGAUAGAGGCCGAGCCAUCGUCUGACGUUGCACCAAGCACUCAAGCAUAA